AUUGGAUAACAAAAUAUUUAGAAGCAAAUUCUUCAAUUCUUAUUUAUUUUCAUUUAAAUUGCAGUUAAGCUCAUGCAUGAAAAAUGCUAUUUAACUCGUUUAAUUUGAUAUAUAACAUCUGCCUUUCGUGCAUUUUAAGAUAAAGCUAAUUUAAUUUCUAUUGUAGGCCUAAUUUUAUGCGCUAAAUUUAAAACGCGUGUUUUCUAAUGUUACAGCUAACUCUGAUGACGGAAGAGACUGUAACCACAGUAGUACUCUUUGUACUUGACGUUAAUUUACAGUUUAGGAAGUAGAUUUCAAAACAGCACUGAAGCAGACAAAUAAAUUAUAUCGAAGUCUGAAGCAAGAGGAGUUACAGACGUUAAAACAAAAUGUGUUUUAACACUUCCGAUUUAAUGGGCUACAGGCCUACUGUAUUUUUUGCACUGUACGUGCAAGACGCGCUCCCUUAUGAAGCCGAGGGCAUCCUCCAGAGAUCAGGGUUCAUCGUGUCCAUCCUAAGCUGUUUGUUUACUCACAUCUCCAAGUGUUGUCGCAUAUCUGAACUCCUAAGCAUAACGUCUUUUUGCCUCACUCGUUUCUGACAGGCGUUCAGUCAGACGAAUGUGUAAACAGAAGGGCGGUCUCAGGUGAGAGGCUUGAGUUUCACCGGCUUCCGAAGUGUUAUAAUUGAGCCUUCGAGUUCAUUGAUCAGUCAGAGAGAUUGCCUGUGCUGGAAACUUAUCAGAUCUUCGUUUUUAUCGAGCGUUUCUGAAGAAUGAACGGCCACUUUCUGCGGGUUUUGGUGCCACUUUGGUUGAACUUUUAAGUUCUGUUGGAGCGUGUUUGUAUCGUUAAACAUGGAGGAACUAAAAGCCCCCGUGGGUUAUUUCCACAAGUCCUCAUUCAGCAUCAGCAGUUUACUGCUCCGACACGAGCGCGCGAGGACCGACGCUACCGCCGAGCCAGAAGCACCGCGAUCCCGCGCCACGAAGCCGCCUGCGCGCUCCAGUCAGCCAAAUGACGGAAAAGACAAGCCGAUUCGAGAGCGGAACGAAUUAGCGACCAGACCGGAUAAAAAAGAGGUAGUUGGAGAGCCAAAGUGUGAAGGAACUGAUGGACAGGAGAAGAAGAGUAAACCCGAUAAGCCUCCGUUCAGUUAUAACGCGCUUAUCAUGAUGGCCAUCCGCCAGAGUCCGGAGCGACGGCUCACCCUCAACGGCAUCUAUGAGUUCAUCAUGGGCAACUUCCCGUACUACCGAGAAAACCGGCAGGGCUGGCAGAACUCCAUCCGACACAACUUGAGCCUCAACAAGUGCUUCGUCAAAGUCCCGCGCCACUACGACGACCCUGGAAAAGGCAACUACUGGAUGCUGGACCCGUCCAGUGACGACGUGUUCAUCGGCGGAACCACCGGGAAACUCAGGCGGCGGUCCACCGCGGCGUCCCGAGCCAAGCUGGCCAUGAAGAGAGGCGCGCGGCUGUCCUCCACCUCCACCGCCGCCGGACUCGCGUUCGCCGGCUCGUUUUACUGGCCCGUGCCGCCGUUCGUGACGCUCCAGCAUCGCCAGCCGAACCCCGCGGCGCACCACAACAACUACGCCGCGUCAGUUCUGUCCCAAAGCUCGCGUCACUUCAGCUCGGUCGGACCCGCAGCGGAAAGACUUCUUCUCCCGUCCGGCCAAGAGGCAGCUUAUUAUGGGAUGGGCUGUGAACAGAUGACCUCCGCCUCCUCCUUCACCACCUCUGCGUCUGUGCCUCUGCCUCUCUCUGCGCCCUGCUCUUUUAAUUUACUCUCCAAUCAGUCCAGUUACUUUUACUCUCACCAGGUGCCUCACACAGCGGGACUGUCACCCUGGUCGCAGGAGGAAUACCUCUCCAAAACAUCUCCUUCUGGACAGUUUUUCCCGGGAAAGCCAUCUCCUUCUUCCGAAUACAUUGGAGGACUAUGUACAGACAUUCCCAAUUAUUUUCCUCAUUUUAACACAGCCACCUCAAUGCACUGAAAAGCUUGCAAUUUGUUUUUCGGGUAUUUGAUAAAAAAAAGAAAAAAAAAAAAAGAAGAAGAAAAAAAGUUUUUAUCUUUUAAUGUAUUUAUUAUUGUUAUUAUUGUUAAAGUUUGGAAUAAUUAAGGUUCUUGUGUUUUUGAAAGAAGUCUCUUCUACUCAAAAAUAUAGCAAAAAAUAGUAAUAGUAUUAUGAAAUAUUAUUACAAUCCAAUAUAACUGUUUUCUAUUUUAAUAUUCAUUUUAAAAUGUAAUUUAUUUUUAUUGUUGAAUUUUCAACAUCAUUAGGCUACUCCAUUUUUCAGUGUCACAUGAUCUGUUAGAAAUCAUUCUAAUAUGCUGAUUUGGUUGUCAGUUUUUGUCAAUUAUUAUUGGUGCUCAAUUGCUAAUAAUAUUUCUUGUUAUUGUCAAUGUUGAAACCAUUGUUUUUGCUGCUUAAUAUUUUUGUAGCAACCAAUACAUUUUUUAGAAUUAUUUUAUAAAUUAAAAGUUCGAAAGAACAACAUUUACUUGAAAUAGAAAAAGGAACUUUUGUAACAUUAUAAAUGUCACUUUUGAUCAAUUUAAUGUGUCCUUGCUGAAUAAAAUAAGAAAUGUUUCUUGAACAGCAAAUCAGCAUAUAAUGAUUCCUGAAGGAUGGUGUGACACUGAAGACAGGAGUAAUAAUGGCUGAUGAAAAUUCAGCUUUGACAUCAAAGAAAUAAAUUCAAUUUUACAAUAUAUUCAAAUUGUAAUACAUUUUUAGUCAUAUAAAUGCAGCCUUGAUGAACAUAAGAGACUUUUUUAUUUUCAAAAACAUUAAAAGUAAUUAUUCCAAUUAUUUUGACCUGUGAUGUUUUGUUAACAAGCAGUUCAAGUGCAAUAUUUUUAUGCAUUAAUUUUCUGUGAGGCCAAAUAUUUGUGGCCAAAACAAGUACAAUUUUCUUUUGCAAUUUUCAGUCUCAAAAAUCAACUUCACUGGAACAAAACUAGUUACCUAAAGUAUUUUAAGCAAAUGAUGCCAACAUGUUGAGCUUAAAAACAGUGCACUUCAAAAAAAAUAAAAAAAAGGAAGUAGCUAAAAGAAACAAUCAUGUUUUGUUCUGCUAACCACAUAUGUCUCAUUUUGAUGCUAUCUGGUUUGAGAACAGGUUUUUUUUGUUUUGUUUUUAAGACGGUGCACUGCAGAGUAGUUUGGGUGACAUGUAUGUACAAUGCAAAAAGAUUAAGUGCAUGAUUCUGUCCAGUGCUUUUCCAUAUGUCAGGUGUCUUCGUGUUGUUCAGCAUUUACAGCCACUCACAUAAUCCUGAUUGUGUGAAUAUUUCAUACAAUGAAUUAGCUUUACACAGUCUGCAGGUCUUGGCCUGUAAUUUUGUCUUGGCCCAAAUGUGUAUCCACUUAAAGGAAAUAAAUGUUUUGGAGGAA